AUGAUCCCUGUGUCAAUAUCACCAAAAUCUCUAAGUCUCGCUGAUUCUGACGGCAAGAACGAGCAGAGCCCAACUUCGUCUCCCGCACUCGGUCCAAUGUCGGACAAUGCGCCCGCAGCACCGAGGGGUGUAUAUCCUAGGCUCAUUAAGCACAAGCGUCAAGCUCCGCGCACGCUAUCAGUGCCGAGUGGCCUCGUUGAGGAUGUGGUCGACUAUGAGUCUGACACCCUUUUUCCCGCAUGGGAUGACGAGGAAGGCGAGCUGCACCAGCCUCGUGAUACGAGCCCUGCUCGCGCUUUGCAGACUCCAUGUCCGUUCCCUGACUUCCCGUCAACUGAGGAACGUGGUGUAAUCACCAAUGACCUCGACGAGGAACAGAGGCGGCAGCUUGAAGCAGCUUAUAAGGCGGCUCUGAAGCGCGCCCAUCCACGGCCGGUCAUUGACCCUCGUGUGAAAUAUGGUUUCCGCCCAGCGGAUCCCGCUGUGAAAGCAAAGGAUACGGUAUUUCGAUCGUUACGCGUCCACAUCAUCGGGCCCCCAGCCAGUAUGGAUGAUGAACUUGCCACACAGAAAGCUCUUCGAGAUCGUUUCUUGGUCCCACAAGAAAUCUCGCUAGUCAUUUAUCGCACUCGUUUAAGUACUCAACAAGAUGGCUCUCGUGUGCCCGCAAUGCGAAAAUACCUGUAG